AUGAGGAAGGAGAUGACAGAAUUGGACAACAAAAUCAAGCUACUCAAGCUGAAGAUCACUAGAACAGACGAAAUCAUCCUGAAACGAGACCGACAAGCUUUGGAGCGACCUCGGUCAUCAAUAACGAGUAUUGUGAGUGCGGUGGAUGAAUUAAAGUUAACAAUCGAAGAGGGAAAAAUAAGCAAGGGCGAGAGCGAAGAAGAAAUCGCUCUAUGGGGUAAAGGAAUUGAAGACGACCUUAAGAUAGCCGAUAACACGACAAAAAGAAUUCAAGACGCGAUAAAAGCCGUAGACCUAGAAGAGCAGGAGCAAGAAGCGAUAGAAAAACACAACAAGAACAUGAAGUUUGAAAGGCAACUACUGGAGCAAAGAGCAGAAUUCGAGACAGCACGCGAAGACGAAAAAGUAGCCGCACUUGAAUCCGGACAACAAAACUCAUCUGUAGCGGCGAAACUAACAAAGUUAUCGAUCACCAAGUUCAGUGGUAGAGUUAGAGAUUGGCUACCCCUCUGGGGAAAAUUCAAGUCUGAAAUAGACUCCUCAAACCUGGCGAGGCUUACUAAAUUUGUGUUCUUGAAGGAGCUCCUCGAAAAGCACGUGAGAAAUGAUAUUGAGGGACUGCCUUUCACAGAUGAGGGAUGCGACAGCGCUAGAGCAAUUCUUGAAGCAGAAUAUGGCCAACAGGCAGAUAUCGUAAAUGUGUAUAUGAAAAACAUAAUGGAACUGCCGGUUAUCACUGGAGGAAAUCCGAAGAAGGUGAAGGAAUUCUACAAGCAACUUCGCUACAAUGUUCAAAGCUUGGAUACGCUUGAACGGUUCGGGGAUGUUAGAGGGAAUGUGCGGUCUACUUUAGAAAAAUUGAGAGGGGUCAAAGCUGAUCUGGUACGUGGGAAUGAAGGCUGGAGAGACUGGGAUUUUAAGGAUCUCUUGAGGGAACUAAAAAAAUGGUCAGACAUCAGUCCUGUCGAGGAAAGCACGGCAGAAAAGAUCCCGAGUAAAGGAGUUUCACACUCAAAACAAACGACGCCCACGAGUGUAUUCAAAACCCACUCACAGCAAGAAACGCGAACCGGAAACCAGCGGUGUGGUUACUGCGAAGAUCAAAAUCAUCGAUCAGUCAAUUGCACAAAGGUCACCGAGACGGGGAAAAGGCGCAGAAUACUCGCGGAGAAAAGACUGUGCUUUAACUGCACCGGCGGAAAGCAUCGCGCGGAUGAAUGUAAGAGUAGAUUGCGAUGCCAGAAAUGCAGUCGGAAACAUCACACGUCCAUUUGUAACGCCCGCGAAAACGAGUUCAAUCCUCUCCUUGUCGCCGCUGGAAUGCCAAACGCGCGCGUGACAUAUCCUGUAGUUGUUGUAGAGGUAGAAGGUGUGAAAUGUAGAGCACUGUUGGAUACGGGCGCAGGAAGCUCUUACGCAUCUGCAGCGCUGUUAAACCGCAUCCCCACGAGAAAACGUGCCAAGGAGGUCAGGAAAAUAGAGAUGCUGUUAGGGACGUAA